AUGGCGGCAAUCAUCUCACGCACGGCGCAGAAGACACCACGGCUCAUGAAUAUAUACCCAUCUAGAGUUCUUUCAUCACACUCUCUACAUCGCACAUGUGCCACUAAACCAUCAUGGUCGGUCUUCGGCACACGCUCCAUGUCAACCGAUACGGUGCCCCCGGAAGUCAAAUCAAACCCAUCCCCUCCAACUAGACAUGCCCCUCGAAAAGUCUAUCCGAAUUUCAGUCUUCAGGAUAGAGCGUACAUCAUCACCGGAGGCGGCAGGGGCCUAGGUCUAGUGUUGGCCGAGGCGAUAGCUCAAGCAGGAGCAGCAGCACACUGUCUCGACCGACUCCCUGAGCCAGACCCCGAGUUCCUCGUCGCCCAAGAAGACGCCCAGCACCACAAAGGCUCCCUGCAUUACCACCACGUGGAUGUGCGGAUUGGCGAGGAGCUCGAUCAAACCGCCGCCGCCAUUGUGUCUCAACAUGGCCGUCUGGACGGUCUGGUGGCGGCAGCUGGUGUGCAGCAACUGAAGGAAGCGGUCAACUACACCAGCAAGGACGUGACCGAGAUGCUCGACGUGAACUAUACUGGUGUGUUCAUGUCCGCGAAUGCGGUGGCGCGGCAGAUGAUCGCGCGUAAACACGGCGGGUCGAUUGUUCUCGUCGCGAGCAUGUCGGGAAUUAUCGCGAAUAAGGGCCUCAAUUCCCCCGUUUACAACUCGUCCAAAGCGGCCGUCAUCCAGCUAGCCCGCAACCUGGCGAUGGAAUGGGGGAAGCAUGGGAUUCGGGUCAACGCUCUCUGCCCCGGACAUAUUGUCACCCCGAUGGUGCAGAAGAACUUUGAAGAGGUACCCGGACUUAGGGAAACGUGGGAAGGUGAGAACAUGCUGGGCCGAUUGGCAUCGCCGGAAGAGUUCACAGGCGCCACUGUUUUUCUGUUGUCGGACUCGAGCAGUUUUAUGACGGGAGGUAAUCUUGUUAUCGACGGAGGACAUACAGCGUGGUGA